AUGGAAGGCGUAGACCUCCUAAUCCUCGGCGCCGGCUGGACAGCCACCUUCCUCAUCCCCCUCCUCCAAUCCCCCCAAUACAGCAACACUCUCACCUUCGCCGCCACCACAACCAACGGCCGCCGCGUCAGCGGCGUCGACACAAUCCCUUUCCGCUUCGACCCCGACUCCAAAAACCCUUCGUCCAUCGCCGCUCUGCCGCGCGCCCGUUACGUGCUGAUCACCUUCCCUUUGGCAGGCGAGGGUCAGUCAAAAUGGUUGACGGAGACUUACGAGGCGACGCAUGCUAGAAAGGAAGGACAGAACAAGUACAGGUUCAUCCAACUAGGCAGCACCGGCGUCUGGCAGACCGAGGGAAGGAGGAAGAGACACGGUAGUAAAUCACCAGAGGAAAAGCAGGCGGAGCGGGAGGCGCAGGCUAAGGCGGAAGCAGAGGCUGCUUCUCAGAAAAAGAAAGAGCCGUUCACGUAUACGGACAGACACUCACCCUACUUGACCUCCGACCCGCGGGCGCAAGCGGAAGAUGAACUGCGUGCUUCGAGCGUGGUGGACGGUAUGGUCCUUUCGCUUUCGGGACUGUGGGGGGGACAGAGGGAUCCGAGGAAUUGGGUGGGCAGAGUCGCUUUUAGCAAGGAGGCGCUGAGACAUAAGACUAGUUUGCAUAUGAUCCAUGGGGAGGAUAUUGCGAGGGCGGUGGUUAGGAUUCUGGAGAACUGUGAGGAUGAGGAGAAGGGGGGAAAGGAGAAGUGGGCAAAGAGUGGCAAGGGACAGAGGUGGAUGUUGACUGACGGGUUUGUGUAUGAUUGGUGGAGUUUGUUGUUGGGGUGGGCUACUACUGAGGGACAGAAGAAAGAGGGAGAGGGAGAGGAGGACAAGAAGGAGCUGGAGCCGAGUGAGCAGGCAAAGUGGGUGAUGGAGCUGAUGGAAGAGGAGGGGGUGCAAGCGCUGCCGAGGAGCAUGGAGCUUAUGGGUAGGGCGUAUGAUUCGAGAGAGUUUUGGAGGACGUGGGGGCUGGUGCCGGUCAAGGCGAGAAUUGGGGUUAACGCUCCUUAG